AUGCCCCGCCGCUUCGACUACGAUACCGACGAAGAGCGCCUCCCAGAGGGCAUGGUCCGCGUUGGAUACGAUGCAGACACAGAGGUCUACACCUUUCGAGACACAGACGGAAGUCUCUGGGAGGGCCCGCCUGGCUGCCGAUAUGGCCGCCUGACCAAGGUUGCCAACCCACCCAAGCCCCCAUCAGACCUCACCAAUAUCGAUGUCGACGGCACCUCGUAUGCCGCGAAGCACUGGCGGGCCGAGCUGAUGCCGCUGCUCAACUUCUUCAUGAUCCUGGCGCUAUUCCUGGUCGGCCUGUUCUGGUUUCUGGGGUGGAUGACGAGCUCCAAGGCGACCCUCUCUCGCUGCGGCCCGGGGAGCCACGCACAUCAGAUCCAGCAGGGGGAGUCAUGUUGGGAUAUUGCAAAGAUGCAUGGCAUCGACGUACCAAAGCUGAAGGAGGCCAACGGCAACAUCAACUGCGACCUGUUGGAAGUUGGAGGCGUGGUCUGUGUCCCAGCCAUGCCCAAAAUUUGA